AUGAAGCGGACCGCGGCGAUCUACAGGUACAUCCUGGCUCCAUUGCAUCAACUUAUCACCCAGAGAUACUGCAGCACGUCUCUUCUCUUCAAAGGGUUUCCCCAAUCGACAAAGGACUCCCGGCUCCCGUCAACAAACCUCUCCCAGCCCGAGUGGGGAUCACCAUUGAAGUGGUUUGAUGACUCCGAGUCGAGCUUGCACGACCCGAUCAAAAUAUCGUAUGCGACAGAGUUUAUGCGGAGCAUCCGACCUUUUGUCGAAAUGAUUCGAAAUCUUCCCGAUUCGUGCGCGGCGCCGCCUCCCUGGGAAUCAUGGAGGACGCGGAAAAUCCGAAUUGCAAUCAUUGACACGGGCAUCGAUGCAGAGAACGACAUCAUGAUGGAAAUGGCUCUUGCGUAUGGCUCUAUUAAGGCCUGUCGCGGCUUCGCAGGUGACGAAGAAGACUUCCAAGAUUCUCACGGCCACGGGACGCACAUUGCUCGACUUAUGCUUACUGUUGCUCCUGCAGCGGAACUAUAUGUUGCAAAAGUUGCCAACGAGAAGACUCUUGAUGCAUCAGCUCUGUCUCGCAUAGCUGAGGCCAUCAAGUGGGCUCACAAGUCAAUGAAAGUCGACAUCAUAUCACUUUCGUUCGGCUUGGACCACAACAAUCGAAAUGUCGAGAUUGACAAGGCAAUCUUCAAUGCCAUCUCAGACAACACAAUCAUCUUCGCUGCAGCCGCCAACAGCGGUGGCAAUAGACCCAGGGCAUAUCCCGCCAACAGGCGCACAGGCGUGAUAUGUGUCCACGCAAGCGACGGCCGAGGCAACGACGGCGGAAUAAGCCCUUCUCCCGAGGCAAGAAAGUCGAAUUUUUCUACGCUGGGCAUCUCCAUUGAGUCCAAAUGGAAGGGGAAGAAGGUGCUGAAGUCGGGGACAUCGUUUGCAACUCCCAUUGCCGCCGCUCUUGCUGCGAAUAUGCUUGAGUUUGCUCGAUACAAAUGCUCGCUCGACGAGUACGAGCAGAGGCGGCUGCACAGUUACGAUAGCAUCGAGGAGGUACUUCAUCUGAUGUCGGAAGAGCGGCAGGGGUACCACUAUAUCAUGCCGCUGCGCCUGUGGGAUGGCGCGGAUGAGAAGGACGUGGUCAGAAAACUGGUCGAAAUUGCUCGAUCAUGA